CAUUUGAAUCUUUAUUUAUAGCUGGAAGAAAAAAAAAUCCAAAGUCAAAAUUCAAAAGUUUGCCAGUGGAAGUUACAGAAACACAUGCAGAAAAAAAAACACAUCAAACAGAAAUCUCAAAUUUUCUGUGUAAACUACAAGAUAAUAGCAACUUACCAGAAGUUUCUGUACCUGGACCAGAUGAUGCGGCUUUGCCUUGUUCCACUCGUUUGUGCUAUAAAAAAGAAGAGAAAGAAAAAUGUGUAAGAUCUGAUGGAGAGAUAUCUGUAAAUGAUAUAAAGAAGGAGAAGGGAAAAGUCUUGACUGAAAAUGUGACAAAGAAAAAAACUAAGAAACAAAUGCCUCAGCUGCGUAAUACUCAAUUGACGGAUUACUUUCCUGUCAGACGAAGUGAUAGAAAAACACAGUUAAAUGUAAUGAAAGAAAAGCGGAAAAUAGUUGAAGAUGCUAUCCUUAAUGGUGUGGAAGAAGGAUUUGAGAUUAAAGAAUUCCCUGGUAAAGGAAGAGGGGUGAUAACUUUAAAAUCAAUUAAACGGGGAGACUUUGUGCUUGAAUAUUUUGGUGAACUCAUUGAUUAUGAGGAAGCAAAGAAACGAGAGCCCAUUUAUGCUGCUCAAAACUCUGGCUGUUAUAUGUAUUAUUUUAAAAACAAAAGUAAAACAUAUUGUGUGGAUUCAACUAAAGAAUCUUCAAGAGUGGGAAGACUUGUGAAUCAUAGUAAAAAAAAUGGAAAUCUUAAAACACAGGUUUUUUUAAUUGAAGACAAUCCACAUCUUGUAUUUUUUGCUCUGAGAGACAUUGAACCAGGUGAAGAAUUGAGCUAUGAUUAUGGAGAUCGAAGUCGGGCCAGCCAAGAAGCACAUCCUUGGUUAGCACUAUAGAAUCUGCAUGAGUUAUUUUGUGACCAAAGAUUAUUCUUCAGUUCUGUAUUAGUUUUAUUGUAAAUAAUUCUGUGAAUCAUUUAUUUCUUUUCUUAGCCAUUUCAACACAUGCUUAGAAGUGCCACACCAUCAUUUUAAAUAAAAAAAUAUUGCUUUUA